AUGUAUCCGAAUUCAAAUCUUUCAACCUCGUACGGAUCCUCCUGCAAUGUAAACAGGUCAACAGAGGCUUACCGCGAAAGGACGGCAGCACAGAAGGCUGUCUCACAACUGAAUAUUUACAAAAAAGUGGCUGAUGCUGUACCCGCUCUCAUAACCACAGGUGUCAUGGGCGGUCUCGGAGACCGCAGCACGCUGUAUAGUUUAGGGGGUGGUUCAUAUGGUGCUCUUUCUAUUGGUUUUGCCUACAUCUUGGAUGUAACAAGUCCUGGGAAGCAGCGAACCCUGAUGAUAACUCUUCUUGAAGCUUCAACUGGAAUAGGUGCGGCGAUAUCUGGGUUAGUUUCCGGUUUCAUUAUUGAGGGUGUUGGCUACUUCUAUUCAAAUAUAUGCGCAGGCGCAGUGGCAGCCGGUUCCGUGUUGGUGGUUGUGUUGUUUCUGCCACCUUCACGUCCUCCUCAUAUUUCUGUAUCAAGAAAAUCAAAUCUUGAAAAUUCACUUGCAGCAUUAGCAUUUUAUUUCAAAGCAUCUCCUAUUAGAUACAAAUAUGUUAUUGGAAUAAUUUCUUUUAUGUUCGCUGCGUUUUCUUUUAUAGGCAAACAAUCAAUAGAAAUACUUUACCAGCUAAAUGCACCGUUUUGUUGGACAUCUGUCAAAGUUGGAUAUUUCUCGGCAACUACUUCUGUCAGCAUUAUUUUAGGUAUAGCCAAUAUCAAAGUUCUUCAAAUGUGUUUCGUUGAGGACGUCAUCGCCAUAUUCAGCGGUAUUUCUGGCGUGGCAGCUAGUAUUGUGGAGGCAUUUGCCGUGAAUGACUUGACCCUGUUUGUAGUUCCUGUCAUAGGAUUCAUGAGUGUGUUAGUAUUCCCAAUGAUCAGAUCAAUGUUAUCCAGGCUGACGCCCGCGGACAGACAAGGUGCUCUUUUCGCGGGAAUAGCCGUGGUGGAAAUAGCAUCAAAUCUGGGAGCAAGUUUGGGAGCAUCGGUCAUCUACAUAGCUACUGUUGGCACCAUGCGGGGUUUCGUCUUCCUGGUAAUUGCCGGUCUGUGGUUUCUAUCCACAUGUCUAUUACUCGUUUAUCGUAUAACAUCUGGAAUGUCGAAGACAGCACCGUUAGCUGAGGUGACCAAAGACAUAACUGGUACCCAGGUAGUCGAAGCGGACGUGAAAAACUGAGGAUAGUAUUAUUAAGUGGAAGCACAUGUAGCAUCAACAUUAAUCUAGCAGUUCAUAUUAGUUAUGUUCUCAAAAUGGAAACCCAGAUUAUGAAACGACAUGACUGACUGGCACACACAGACAGUGGACACGGACGUGACGAAGGAGACUUGAAAUUUAUAAUCAGGGCUGGUGUCUUCCUGUCUGUGAUAUAACCUCAUACUGUAGCUUUUCCUAUGUCGAUGUCAUAUUAGAUUGUUCUUGAAAGGUAAUAUAUAACACAGUAUGAAACGCAGUCAAGGUCGUUAAAUAAAACA